AUGACUGAAACUCCUCUACUGAACAUUCCCUCCUCAAGCCAGAGAGAGAAGAAGGACAACUUAACUACUUGCCCAGACUCAGAGGACUGGUGGGAAAUGGUGUAUUAUGUAGUACCCAAGUAUAUUGACACCAUCUGCAUUAUUGGAAUGCUUGGAAAUAUAUUUGUUCUCUUCACUUAUUUCCUGCACAAGAGUCCCCUGAAGAUAGCUGAAAUCUACCUUAUGAACCUAGCUGUUGCUGAUCUUAUCUUCCUCACGUGCCUCCCUUUCUGGGCAGAGAAUAUCAGGAAUCAAUUUAAGUGGCCGUUUGGCAACUUCCUUUGUCGCAGCACCAGUGCAUCCAUCAGCCUGAACAUGUACACCAGCAUCUACUUGCUCGUGGCAGUCAGCGUGGAUCGCUAUUUGACUUUCGUUCAUACCUUGAACCACAGAGGGAUACGGAGAAAAGCUGUGGCCAGAAAGAUCUGCUUGCUCACCUGGUUCUUCGGCAUCCUUCUCAGUGUCCCAACCUUUAUGUUUCGGACUGUGAAAUACCUUCCCGAAUGGAAUAUUUCAGCAUGUGCUUUAGACUUCCCCACCCCAUCGUGGAUAACAGCUGACAGCCUGGUAUUCAACAUAGUGGGGUUUGCCUUGCCAUCUGCAGCAAUCAUCUUCCUUAAUUUCUCUACCAUUUGCUCCCUACGAAAACAAGCAAGGGAACAAAGAGCACUCAGAACAAAAUGUUGCAAGGAGCACAAAGGCACAAAGGCUACCAGGUUGAUCUUCGCAGUGGUACUGAUGUUUCUUUUGUGCUGGACUCCAUAUCAUUUCUUUGUAUUCCUUGAUAUAUUAUUUGAGAAAGACGUGAUCAAAGGCUGCUUCUGGGGUGAACUGCUCAACUUUGGUGAGCAGUUUGGUUAUACUCUGGCUAUCACCAAUAGUUGCAUUAACCCUGUGAUUUAUGUCUUUGUUGGGAAAUACUUCAGGCAAAAAGCUCUAGAAGUUUUUUCACAGUUUAUUCCUGGUGGAUUUCCUUUGAGCUGGGUAUCAUUCAAAGAAAGGUCUUCAUAUUUCAAUGUGUUUCCAGUCAGGAGCAGCUUAACCUAA